AUGUUGGAAUCCGUAGCCCUACAGGUCCCCCCAUCGCUCCCUCUGCCUCCAACUGACCAAGCCCCGGCCCCGGUUCCUGCCCCGGCCCCGGCCCCUGCCCCGGCCCCUGCCCCGGCCCCUGCCCCGGCCCCGGCUCCUGCCCCGGCCCCUGCUCCUACCCCGGCCCCGGCUCCUGUCCCGGCCCCGGCUCCUGCCCCGGCCCCUACCCCGGCUCCUGCCCCGGCCCCUGCCCCGGCCCCUGCUCCGGCUCCUGCCCCGGCCCCUGCUCCUACCCCGGCUCCUGCCCCGGCCCCUGCUCCUACCCCGGCCCCGGCUCCUGCCCCGGCCCCGGUUCCUGCCCCUGCCCCAGCCCCGGCCCCGGCUCCUGCCCCGGCCCCUGCUCCUGCCCCGGCCCCUGCUCCUGCCCCGGCCCCGGCUCCUGCCCCGGCUCCUGCCCCGGCCCCGGUUCCUGCCCCAGCCCCGGCCCCGGCUCCUGCCCCGGCCCCUGCUCCUGCCCCGGCCCCUGCUCCUGCCCCGGCCCCUGCUCCUGCCCUACUGGGGUGGAGCGAAGAGGAGGAUUUGCCCCGGCAGUCCUUCGUGACUCCAAGGCCCGCCUCAGGAAGUGCUGAGCUGCUGCUUCCAGAGAGUUGGCGUUCAUCUCUCACCAAGGAGCAGCAGCGGUGGAUCGGCCGCACGCUGUUCACCAGGAACAGCUUUGGGAGGUCGACACUCACCACUGACCUGGUCACGUGGUGGACGCCUCCCCAACCGCGGCCGAUCUACAAUCAGCCACCCGCAUCCCCCGACCCCUUCUUCGCAUGUCGACUGUUCCUUUGGAUGCCCGCACGUAUAUGGGCAUACAAGCUGGCAUGCCCCCAGUCUGGGUGCAAAGGCACACUCUGCAAGGCUGGGCUCUACAAGACCAUCCGGAGGGUCUUGGACAUCGACCGCUGGUAUCUCAUGGCCACCGAGUACCUGGAAUGCGGUCGGUGUAAGAAGAAGGUGGCGGGGUGGUCACGGGACCUUGUCAGUCAGCUGGACGCUCGGCAUCGCUGCCAGUUCCCAGCAAUAUUGACAUACAAGUUGUCCUGUGACCUGCGGGUUGUGAGGAUGCUGAGGUCGUGCUCUUUGGGGAACAGUGCGUCACAGACCUACAGCAAGCUGUGUGACAGUCACAGCGAGUCCUGGACGCGGAGUUGUAUACGGUACCUCGGGGAGUGCGAGCAGUUUCUGGCCUCGGGCACUGGGCGGCAGUUCACCGAUCCACCGGAGAUGCCCCCGGUGCCCUCACCCGUCUUGCUGCUGACGGUCUACAGCCAUGACGUGCUGUCACGGCUGGACGAGGUGAAGGCCAGGGUCACCUCCAUCUUUGGGUCCAUCUUAAAGAUGGACUCUACCAAGAAGGUGACCAAAAAGCUUGCGGGUACCGCUGCAGACACGGCCGCCUGGGUUACCAACGUCGGCAACGAGCACGGGCAGGUCCUCGUCAGUGUCCUCACUGCCGGUGAGGGCGAGGGCCUGUUCCCCAUGGCGGCUGGUCUCAUGGGGCGGUACAGGCUCGCCGGGGUGGCGCCCCCCCAGCUCAUGUACGUGGACCGAGACUGCUGCUCCAGCUUCGGCGGAUCAAAGACAGCUGCCAUGUACAAUGAGUGGGACCAGCUGGUGGUUCGGCUGGACAUCUGGCACCUGAUGCGGCGGUUCGCGUCAGGUGUCACCACUGAGAGCCACCAGCUCUACGGUCCCUUCAUGCGGCAGCUGUCAGCCUGCGUCUUUGAGUGGGAUGCAGGCGAUAUCCGCCGACUGCUGGAGGCCAAGAGGUCUGAGCUGGAGGGGAAGCACGGGAUGGUCGGCCUCACCGAGGCGGAGGUUACGAGGCAGAUCGGCAGGAAGGAGUUGGCACUUCACUGUCGGCGUCGUACGCGUGGAGCUGCGGCGACCGAAGUCCUUCUCCUUGACCUCCUCGAGACGUUCAACAGCGAGAAGGGGGUCGACACCCUGGGCAUCCCGUUGCUGGACUCCAUCCGCAUCCAGGCAAUCUGGGAAGAGCAGAGGCGCCACCUCCACUGCAUACAGGACCCACCCGGUGUACAGCUGUACACCGAGACCGGCAAAAUCACCAAGGGCGACGCGAUUUUGCCGGUUUAUCGCUGCGCACGGGGCUCCACAUCCUUGGAGUCAUUCCACCUCCACCUCAACCGGUUCAUCCCAGGUACCAGGGCAAAUGCCAUGCAUUUCCAGGCAUUCCUGUUGGAUGGACUGGUGAGGUGGAACGAGGACCGCGCGCAGGCAGCAGUGGAGGGAAAGAACAGGCAGCCUCUGCUCUCCUACAGUGGCCACCUGCAGCACAUCCUUAACCUUAGCAGCCAAAGGGUGCUUGGCAAAGAACAGGUUAAGGACUACACCAAGCCUAGCGAGUACACGGGGGAACUCCUCGGAGUGGAGUACCUGUACUCGCAGACUGGCAGAGUGCUGCAGGAUGUCAGCGCGGACCCUGACCUUCCGGAAGAGGCAUCCGCCGUCCAGCAGCUCGACGAGGAGGACGAGGGCUUUCAGGAGGAGGAUGUGGACCCGACAGUCCACAUCCCUCAUGUCGCUACUAUGAGCGCCCCGUCCUCCAGCUCAGCGGCACCUCUGUCAGGGGAAUCAGCUGACGCACCUCUGUCAGGGGAAGCCGCUAACGCACCUCUGUCAGGGGAACCCGUUGACUCACCUCUGUCAGGGGAACCCGCUGACGCACCCAGGUCUGGGCCAUCCAGUUCCACCACCCCUGAAGACGGAAGCUCUCCUGAGGCCCCUGGUCGACACGGUUCUCCUCACCCUGACCACUCCUCUGAUUCAGAGGGGGAGACGAAAGACCCUGAUGCAAUGCCAGGCUACCAGCAUGUCCGUAGGCUUGCCAGGGCCUUGGUGGGGGUGAGGAACCGCCAGGGGCUGUCGGACAGCAGGGUAGACGGUCUGGUGGAGCUGUGGCUGGCGCUGCCAGACUUCGACAAGCAACGCUUGAUCUACCCUGCCCGACACCAGGAGAGGAUCGUUCAGGGGCGGUUCAAGGCAACGAAGGGGAAGUCGUCCAUUGUCCUAGGAAAAGACUCUCUCCAACGUUGCCUUCUCGGACUGAACUCGGGCCCUGCAAGUUGGCCGGGCACCAGCCGUUUGGUGGAGGCGAUUUGCAGACAGCUCUGUCAAAUCCAUCCCAGCGCCACGCAGUCUGCCGGCGUGAAGAAGAGCAGGUGGGCGCUCAUUCUGGCAGACUACGUGGCCAUCAGGGAGGCAGUGCUGAACAGCCCGAGGUUGAUGACCCAGACCAACCUUCAGCUCUUUGAGCUGAAUCAAAGGACCAUCAGUCAGUGGUACUCCCGGCGUCAGAGGGAGAGGAUGGUGCUGCAGCAGGGAUUGGGGCUCGCUCCUGCACCCAGCGUCACCACCCAGCCCCUCCACUACCAGCAGGAGGGAAUCCAGGCACUCUUCCCUUUCCCUACGCCGCCCCCCCCGGUCCCACGCCAGACCACCCAGCAAGGAGGACACGCCCACGCGCCCAUUCUGCCAGCCCACCUGGAGCAACAACCUCCCGCACUUCCCGGCCCCUCCCAAGGACCACAGACGGGCUCCUCUUUACCUCCUCCGGUGCCAAGGACAACGGCUUGGAGGAGGAAGAGGAUGGCGGAGGACAGAGAGGAGGGGACAGCCGGGAAGAGAAAGCAACGCGAGCAGUACGUCUGCUCCAAAUGCGGGUUGCCGAAGCGGCGGGAGACGGGGCACAGCCGCUUCGGCAUCGCGACUUUCUGCUCUGUUGCUGCGGGGGGUAAGACCGUGGCCCAGUGGCUGGCGGAAAUGAAGGACACUAAGGAGCGAGAUGAAGGACACUGAGCCGCUGGCCGGGUGGUCGGAUGUUUUUAUUGUAAAUAGUUCCCUGUUCCCCUCUGGACCGAGACCUUGAACGAGGUGUAGAGGCUUGUGUGUGUCGAGGACCCUCAGAGCUAUAUUGUCUGUAGUCUAUAAGACUACUGGUAGGGUAACCCCAGGGUAGGCAGUUCUGAGGAACUAUAUUGUCUGUAGUCUAUAAGACUACUGGUAGGGUAACCCCAGGGUAGGCAGUUCUGAGGAACUAUGUUGUCUGUAGUCUAUUAGACUACUGGUAGGGUAACCCCAGGGUAGGCAGUUCUGAGGAACUAUAUUGUCUGUAGUCUAUAAGACUACUGGUAGGGUAACCCCAGGGUAGGCAGUUCUGAGGAACUAUAUUGUCUGUAGUCUAUAAGACUACUGGUAGGGUAACCCAUGGUAGGGUUAGACUACUGGUAGGGUAACCCAUGGUAGGGUUAGACUACUGGUAGGGUAACCCAUGGUAGGGUUAGACUACUGGUAGGGUAACCCAUGGUAGGGUUAGACUACUGGUAGGGUAACCCAUGGUAGGGUUAGACUACUGGUAGGGUAACCCAUGGUAGGGUUAGACUACUGGUAGGGUAUCCCAUGGUAGGGUUAGACUACUGGUAGGGUAACCCAUGGUAGGGUUAGACUACUGGUAGGGUAACCCAUGGUAGGGUUAGACUACUGGUAGGGUAACCCAUGGUAGGGUUAGACUACUGGUAGGGUAACCCAUGGUAGGGUUAGACUACUGGUAGGGUAUCCCAUGGUAGGGUUAGACUACUGGUAGGGUAUCCCAUGGUAGGGUUAGACUACUGGUAGGGUAUCCCAUGGUAGGGUUAGACUACUGGUAGGGUAACCCAUGGUAGGGUAACCCCAUGGUAGGGUUAGACUACUGGUAGGGUAUCCCAUGGUAGGGUUAGACUACUGGUAGGGUAACCCAUGGUAGGGUAACCCCAUGGUAGGGUUAGACUACUGGUAGGGUAUCCCAUGGUAGGGUUAGACUACUGGUAGGGUAUCCCAUGGUAGGGUUAGACUACUGGUAGGGUAACCCCAUGGUAGGCAGUUCUGAGGGGAGACACCAGACUAAUGUCAGUCCGUUCCCAAACAAAAUGCUCUUUUUAUGAGCACAUGAACAUUUUAUUUACAUAGUUCAAUAAGAAGACUGUAUAGCAGAGACAGACAGGAUCGUGAUGCACCUGUGGAAAAAAAGAAAAAGAUAAGAUAAGACAAUAAAAUAUACAACAUGAUUUAUCAAUACAUCUUCAGGUGAAAACUCAACUUCUUGGUUGAGCUCAUGUUCAACAGCAGUAGCUAUAACACAUAGGUUAAACAAUAUAAGGCACGUGAAUAACUUACCUUUUUGCAAGUGUAUAGACAUUUCUGUCCACAGGUCAGUGGCCCAGACGCACUUCAAACUGCUCUUGAUGGUGUACCGCCAAUCAAUCAAUGCUCCAGGCGCCCUAUCACCGCAAAUGUUAUACAUACACCUGACGGGUUAGAAGAAAUAGAGCCUGUAUGCAUGCAAAUGUCCCAUGUACUAAGGCGUUCACACACACAAUACAAUUAGAGCAAUUAUGGUGUGUUAUUUUGUGUGUGUGUAUAGAGAUUGUUGACAUUAUUAUUUAACGUUUAUUGGAUUUACAUUGCAAUAAUGAUCUUUUCAUUUCAUCUUGUUUCCCUAUGUAUACUCUGGUUCAUCAUUAAAACUCCUAGAUUGGA